GCUCCCCGCUGUCAACGACAGCAGGGCUUAACUGCUGCAACAACAACGGCAAGUAAUAGUAGCUGGCGUUUAAACGUCAGACUGUCGCAUAAAUGUGUCUUUGGAGGCGAUUAUCUGUUGAGCUGAAGUGCUGAAUAUUAAUUUAUUGUCCGUGAAAAUGACACCGAGAUGACUCACUAGUGGCUUGGACAUCUGUGAUUUGGUAGAAGAUGAGGCAUGCUAAUUUUGCCAGACUUGUCAUUGCUUGUAACCAUAGCAACUGCUGUCACAUAAACCACACUGGAGAGGAUAACAAUCUAUAGAAAUCAUGAUAAUUGCAUUUUGCACAUAACACUCACUAAAACAAAUAACUACAUAAGUGAUAUUCAAACUUGUUGUGAAUGGAUUUCCAUUAAUAUCAACCAUGUCCCUGGGCGAGCAGUCUCAGAAGUGGUUUCCAACCCAUGUCCAAGCCACUGUUCUUCAAGCAACCGGUUUACAACCCAAAGGCAAAAAUGGCACCAACGAUGCCUACACCAUCAUCCAGCUGGGCAAGGAAAAGUACUCCACAUCAGUGGCAGAGAAAACAGUUAAUCCUGUAUGGAGAGAAGAAGCCUCCUUUGAAUUACCUGGUCUACUUCUGGAGGGUAAUCCUGAAGUUUAUGAGCUCUGCCUAAUAGUGAUGCAUCGGUCCUUGGUUGGGAUGGACAAAUUCCUGGGUCAGAGGUCCAUCAACCUAAAUGAAAUCUUUGAUAACAAAGAAAGAAAGAAAACUGACUGGUACUCCUUGGAGUCCAAGCCGGGAAAGAAGAAGAAAGAACGAGGUCGCAUCCAAGUCAGCAUUCAGUUCAUGAGGAACAACAUGACGGCCAGCAUGUUCGACCUCUCCAUGAAGGAAAAGCCCCGCUCGCCUUUUUCCAAACUUAAGGACAAAAUGAAAGGUCGCAAACAUGACAGCGGCUUCAGCGACACGUCUUCAGCCAUCUUGCCUCGCUCUACCUUGUGCGAGUCAGAGCCCAGUCGCCCGUCGGUCGCCCCGGAGCCGCAACCCCAGCCAGACCCAAAGGUCAAGAGGCCGCUGUUGUCUGGAGCACAUAAACUCUCUGCAGCCCAUUCCAUGUCAGAUCUCAUUGGGACCCAUUUUCGACCCAAACUGGACUCUAUGAACUCCAUAAAUGAGAGCGGAAGUACAGGUGGCCCUCACAGGCGUUCCCAGAGCGAGGUGCCAGGAUACCAGGACGGCGAAGCACACAGUGACCCUUUCACUGAUAUCAGUGACACCCUGCCACAGAAGUAUGCCACGCUCCCACGCAACCGCAACCCAUUUGAGGGGGAGCACGGGCAGCUGUGGGACCGGGCAGAGAGGAGGGAGAAAAAGGAGAAGGUCAGCCUACUGGAACGCGUGACGGGAAAGAAGGAAGGCCGCAAAACCAGCAAUGGGGGGCGUUCAGGGAGUUCUGGAGACCUGCGCUCCCCCAAUCCAUUUAGUGGAGACUCUCAAGCAGACACUAACCCGUUCAGCUCCAACUACAAAACCAGUGAUAAAAAACAGACAGGAAACGACAACUUUACCUUCAGCCAGAAGAAGGACAUCUACAGCAAGAAAGCUGAGGUGACCCAGGAAAGCGUGGCCGCCUACAGCAACUUGACCUUCGAGGAAGUUGUUCAGGAACUUAUCAAGCAGAAAGAAGUGUUGAAAAAGAAGGAUGCCCACAUCCGGGAGCUGGAAGACUACAUUGAUAACCUGCUUGUUCGUGUCAUGGAGGAGACACCAAGUAUUCUACGGACACCCUAUGAGCCAAAAAAGAAGGCGGGUAAACUCUCUAAAAAGUAGAAAAACGGUUCCUGGCUAAGAUUUAAUAAUAAUACCUUGUGUCUUGUGUCAUGGGGUUAAAGAAAAACAAGAUCAAAUCCUAAAUGUUCUUUUGUGGGUAUAGUUUUUAUAGACUUUUUUGCUUUAAUAUUCUGGUUAUUAUAGGUUAUUAUAGGGCAUGCAGGUGUAUUGCGUUCUUUGUUUUACAUCAAAUUAUUUUUGUUAUUUGAUAACUUCGAUGACCUUUGGCGGCACAUUUUGAGGUACUUAAACAGGAUACGAGAAGUUCAUCAGUUGCUUAAAGUCCAAUCAAAUAAUGUUUUGGCAACGAGGAUGUAAAAAGAUAUUGUAUUGUACUUGAGAGCCCACAGACGUCUUCACGUACAGUUUCCGUUAGAGAAAAUGCUGGCAAAUUUGUGUUUACCAGAUGAUGUAGUCACAGCUUUUGUGCUAUUCGCUGAAAGAUGGUCAAGUUGUCUGAUAAGAUGAAAGUGUUGUUUCAGUGUUUACAAUCAAAUACAAGUCUUAAACCUGCCAUCAAAACAACACACUUUAGCAGAGGCAGCUUUACCCCCCGUGUCUCUCAACGCUGCAUAAAUGAUUCUUAGGAUGACUGGAAGAGAUUUUUCCAGAGCUUUUUUUUUUUUUUUUUUUUCCUUUUUCUGCUAAGAACAAAUGUACGUUCUAAUUACUGGUUACUGAUUUUGCAUUCUUUGUUUUAUUUGUGGUCUUUUGGUUUUCCUGAAACCAGGGUCUCACAGUUGUUCACUGGAGGUGAUAACUUCACUAACUAGAAGUGCAAUAUAAUCAUUACUUAAAGGUGUUGCUUUACAUUCUGCUGGUCAUGUUCUUGUUUACAUUUUAAUCACGUCUUUUAAUCGACUCUUUUUAGUGGAAAAGGAGUUCUUUAUUACAGUCUAGACUGGUCGACCAAACUUUAUAUCCUUCAGUUACAGCUGUUGCUUACGAUUGUACUGAUGGUACCUAGCUACGCAUGAAGAUAAAUGCUGCACAGUCUUUAUUUAUAAAUGUUUCAUAACUUGUAUGAAUAUUAUUUGAUUGUUUUGGGGUACUUUAAAACACUACUGUGUUCAUUUCCCUCCACACCUCUUCUACUGUGUUAAUGCUGUACAGUUAGUGAAAAUCUACAGAAACAUGUUGCCAAUCUGAAUAACUCAUUCAGACCUGAGAGGGUGUUUUGCUAAAUUAAUCAUAGUUUAAAAGCAGCCCCCUUAAACCUGACGGUUAUCUGAAAAUUUGACAGAAUUGUCACUGUCAGGUAAGAAGAGCUUACGUCUUCAGCUUCAGCAGUGAGUUUCUGUCUGUAGUGGCGGAUGCUGUUGAAUGAGGCUUGAAGGUUUAACCAGGUGCUUCUGGUCUUGAUGAGUUAAGUCAGUGCUCAUGCAUUUGUAAUGUCUACACUGUGCCUCAGUAAUUUAUAGCAUAUCCUUUUUUUUUAUCUCAAAACAUUCCACAGACUUGCGCUCAACUCAGAUCUGAGUGUGAGUGUUUGAUUAAGAAUCUCUUAAUAACUAGUUUUCAGUUUGGCCGCCCCAUGUGGCUGUUUAGUCGUCUCACUCUCUCCUCUGUCUGCGAUGCUGAAAUGUUUUCACCACAUAUGCUGUUUCUGUGUUGAAUUAUUCUUAACUUAUGAGUUUCUAAGGAACAAAUGUUUAAUAAACUGCAUUAGGAGCAGUUUAUGGAUUUCAGCUCUGGUAAUGAAAAAAAUAAAAAAUUCUGAAGCAUUAUAAUUCAACAUAUUCAUCUACAGUUGCAGUAGCAAAGUUAAAUAUUUAUAUAGUUUAGGUUUACAUUUUUAACUUUUUUUUUUCCGUUACUUUGUCCGCAGUAUUAAACAUGCUUUAUAUUUACAUUAAAACUGUCAUUUCUGUUUUUAUCUCUAUCAGGCAAUGACCCAACUUGGCUUGUUUGUGGAUAUUUAUGUUUAGUUUUACUUUACAGUGGUAAGAAUAUUCGACCUUUUCACUGUUUGAUGCCAAAUCACAGAUGAGACAGCCGAUCAAAAUGUAUCUGUGGAAUGUCAACCAUUAUAAACACAUUUUUUUCUUUUCUUGAAUGUGUCACAGCUUAGAAACUAAUGAUGAAAGUUUCUGCCGCUGUUAAAAGUAAUUAUUUGUUUGGAUAUGUUUUUUUGGGGGGGGGGGACUUUGGAUAAUAAUAUCUCCUUUUACUGAAUGUAUUCUGCUUAACUUCAAUCUGAAAUGUGUGAUUUGUGGUUCACUAUCAAUGCCAUAAAUCCUCACUUGCCUUUAAAGUAUUUAGUUUAUCCAAAGAGAUAAUUUCAUCUGUUUUUUUUUGUUUUGUUUUGUUUUGUUUUGUUUUGUUUUUUUCUCUCGACUUCUUCAUCUCUUCUUGAUGAGUCAGACCCUUUGUUAUGGACGAGCUACUGUUGAAAUUUUGUAUUUUCUAAUGCCAAAAAUGUUUAAAUCACAUGAUGAAAUAGCUUCGCACUGAUUGCCUUCUCACACUAGUUGAAGUGUAGAUUCGGUGUCAUGUUUUAGGUUUAAGCAUCUGCUUUUACUAGUCUGUGUUAGUAGUUAGCCACAUUCUUACGAGCGUAAGAAUCUUCUCUAUGCUUCCAUUGUACAUAAUGUAUAGUCUCUUUAUAAGUUCUUGUAGUUCUUGCAUACUAUGGGAUGCUUUAAAUUUACUUCCUGGGGAUUUAAUCUGGUAUCAAUACAGUUACAUUUCAGAGGUAGGUAGGAAAGUGGUAAAACUAAGUUUAAAUUAAGUUGUAGUUUAUUUCUCAGAUGCUUGGGUUCCUUUCAUUCUUGUGCAGAUCAUCAUGAGCAUCAAGGUAAACCUCACACUGAAUAUGGAGCAGAUGAUUCAUCCUCUUUUAUACAAUAUGGCCCUGAGCCCCUUUGCUUUGGUUAAAUGCCAAUAUAAGAAAAGAUAAAAUCUGACAACAUUUAAUGUGGAAUAAAUUUGGACCCUGUGGUUAUUUAGUUCAAAUGAAACAUUUGGGGGGGUGAGUAGUUCAAAUUAAUUCAUUUUGCCUGUCAUUUUGUGUUGUAGCUUGAUUAAUGCUGCUUUAUGCUUUAAGAUAAUUUGGUGCUUUGGUAAAUGUCACAAUAAAACACAAAUCUAUAUGAAAAGCAUUCAUUCACUAGCAUGACAGUCAAAUAAAAAACACUCAUUAUUGCUGUUUUGUUUUUUUUUUCUUCCAAUUUUACAUAUUCGUCAUCCUGCAAAUGUCAGUAACUGAAUAUGCAAUGCAAGUUUUCCUGGAAAGCUCAGCUUGUGCCAUAACAGUAGUUUGUAUAGAUUUUGUUGCACAUGCAUCAAAGUUCGAAAUGUUUUAGGUAAAUACCGGCCAACAAACAGAUAUGUGGAGAAUUUUAUUUCCCUUCUUCCUCCAGAAAGCAUGCAUCGAACCUUUUGAUGAAUAAAGCUCAAGUCGGAUCUCAAAAUCCUCCUCUGGCAGUCUUUUACCGAUUUGUAUGAUGCUGCUUGCCAUAGGCCACAUACAGUUUCCAGACACUAAGACUUAAGCUCCAGCUAAAUCCUCUGACGGUGCUUGUAAUGUGGCACACAGUUUUGAAGGAAAUGAUGACUGUGUUUAUAAAAGAUUUUGCCGGUUGGCAAAGCUUCAAUGAGUUUGCAAAGUUGAAUAGUGGCUGGUGCAUGCAAGCCAACAAAUGGAAAUAUAAUUAAUUUAGUUUAGUGCCCUUAUAACUCUGGAACCUGAAAUAACAUUUUGAGACUGACACAUUGUCGUAUUGAUAAAGGUGUUUUUGGUUUCACAGUUAAUUUCUGCAUACACCUUUUGUACCAAGUUUAAUGUUUGGAUGCUUCUUGUCAUUUCUAUGUGUCCACAUGUUUAGCUUUUGUAAACACAGAAGCCAAAUUUUAUGGCUUUUCCUGGUCUAGAAGCUUUUAAUCCUUUAGAUUGGGUUCAUUU